CAGUCGAGUUGGUCUGGUGGUCUCUACUAACGAUAUCAACAUGGCUGUUUACACGUCUACGCAGCCGCUAGUUUCAAAUCGUGGCACGCAACUUAGCUUCAAUCGUACCGUCUUCGUGUUCCUCGUGUACUUGUUCCUCACCGAAGGAGGUACGAGUACUCCUUUGACUAAUCACUAUGUGAACGAUGCAAAUUAUUAUGACAUCUCGAGCAAUGAGGAUAGUUCGGUUCCUUUGGAGAAAUUUUACUUAAUUACUGGACAAAGGUGGCACACAGAUACUGUGCUGCCCAUUCCUUUAUUACCAUCCACAGAGGGAAUGUCUACUCGAUCUCAUCGCAGGAUCCCACAGUCCAUAACAGGACUGGAUGAUGCUGGAAUGGAUUUGCAAGCUACUCAACUCAGUACCCGCACAAGACAGGAGGUACUCACAGCUGCAUACAUAUCAUGGCUAAAUUGGCAAUUGUCUGUGUUCGCAGCAUUUUGCAUCAUCGGUAGUGUCAUUCUCUUUACAAUUCUGGUUUUGUUAUGGCUGCGGAAACAAAUGUCGCGUGAAAAAAAUACAGAGGAUGGUGAUAGGAGAGGUUUGGUAGAAGAAGGUGCAGUAGGCCAACCAGAAAAGGCAAUUAAACCUGCAAAAGGAUCAAUCGAAUGGAUUCAUCAAUCUACGGCAAAACCAUCUAUUCAAUCUGUUCGAUCAGUUACACAAGCUACUGGUUUACCAGAGGUAAUGUCGGUAACGACACCGGAACGCAGACCAGAACCAAUACGUAUAAAAACUAAAAGAUUAUUAGAGCGCCGCGGAUCAAGUGCAAGUUUGACUAUAGAAGUGGCACCACCUCUGGAAAGUCCACCACAUAUUGUUACGCCUACACGUGAAUGUACUGCGGAGGAAUUUCUGUUGAGCGCUGGAAAUGUUUUAUCAAGAGCUCAGCUUAAAAAAGUAAUCAAUGAUCCAACAUCGUUAUAUAAGGAAUUUUGGGAAGUUCCGCUUAACUUGCCAGAAAAAUUAGAUAUCUGUGGAUCUGGGGUAAAGAAUAGAUAUUGUUCCGUAUUACCGAACCCACAGUCGAGGGUGAUUUUACCGGGUUCUUCUGAUGAUCCUCUGUCUAGUUAUAUUAACGCCAAUUAUAUUCGGGGAUACGAUGGUAAAGAUGCUCGCUAUAUUGCAACGCAGGGCCCACUGGCUCACACAGUAGGUGACUUCUGGAAAAUGGUCUGGGCGGAGAAAGUACCCGUGGUAGUUAUGAUAACGAAACUACACGAAGCCGCCAAAACAAAAUGCGAAGCAUAUUUUCCGCUGGAUAAAGAUACUCGCAUACAAGCUGGACCUUUUGCUGUUAUCGUUAACUCUAUUGAUGUAAGAGAGGGCUACACGAUCAGAGAUUUAGAACUGUUAUAUGAAGGUGAAAGAAGACACGUGCAACACUAUUGGUAUGACUCAUGGCCGGACCAUGCCGUACCGCAAGCGGCGGAUACACUUGUUAGUUUAGCUGCAAAAGUAAAUUCUUUAUCGGGUCCGGUUGUUGUUCACUGCAGUGCAGGAAUUGGACGAACUGGUUGUUUCAUAGCUUUAACCAUAGGAAUGACACAAUUAUUGCGAGAUGGAAAUGUAGACGUAUUGGGUAUUUUAUGUCAAAUGAGAUAUGACAGAGGUGGCAUGGUUCAAACACCGGAACAAUACGAAUUCGUUCACCGUGCACUUUGUCUGUAUGAACAGACUCUUGACGAUGGUAAAUCGUCGAGUUCAGGAGAUUGAACUACAAAUGAGGCGAUUGCGAGAAUUGAUAAAAGUUCACUAGAAGAGAAAAUUCGUCUGAGAGUUACUAUGAAAAGAUUUACGAAACGAUUAUGAGAUAUUGUCUGCAACGCAUUACUUUGUCCAGGUGUGAAUAUCUUUACCGCGGAUGAAAUUCUACAAAGAGAAUCUCAAAUUCAAUUCUAAACCAGCAGAUGUCUUAUUUGACCUUCAGCUAUUCAAGAUGAGUUUUGUCUCACUAAAUAAGCUGCCAUUUCUA